AUGGAGCGACCGCCAGCUGCCAAUAGAGACGACCUUUGGCGAUUGCAAGAGGCUUUGACCGACCUCUCUACAACGCAGGCGCAACACUCGGAGCGCAUCAUGCGCCUGGAGAAGAGGGCAGACGACGGUGCAAGACCUAAGAACGUCUGGGCGCCUGCUUCACCUUUCCCGAACGUUCUUGGUGGCUCUCAUCAUGAUUCGACUCUCAACCCUGCCGCCGAAGCCUUCCGCAACUUCGACACCGAUGCCGGCAUCAGUGCACUUAGUCUCGAUAAUGCCGAAGAUACUCGCAGAGCAGCAGCGUCGCGGGCCAAUUCGGUUCGUUUUGACGAGAGUGCUAACAACCACUAUGGCUCAUCGAGGCAGUCAAUAGACCUGCCUACUAGAACUGGCAGCGGUCUAGGCAGUCAUCCUCUUUCGGAGCGCUCCUUGUCUCAUCGAUCAGACGGACGUAGCAGUAAUGCUGGCUUCGGAAGAACUAACAGCUUUGGCCUGGAGCAGAGCCGUUUGCUUGGAUCCAUCCACAAUUCCCCCAAGGUCGCAGCCAAUCCGCCGCCUGGCUUCUUCGUCCUUGGCCCCUGCCCUGCAAUCAUUCGCUGCUGGCUCACCGAGACCUUCUCCAACGAUUCCCUCCUUUACGCCGCUUUAUGCACGGGUGCCUCUUCCUCCUCAGUUGGUAUGUCGCUUCUACAACAGCUCGGACUGACAGACCAAAUCGUGGACGAGGCCGGAUACCGCAAGAUCAAGCUGCCUGUGUACCUUACAGAAGCUCGUAUCCAGCAGCAAACGCUUCGUUCGGGUAGUCCACGACCAGCUCCACAAGUCCCCACUCUUUAUGUCAAGUUUGUGGUGGUUGAAGAAGUUGCGGAAGAGAAGACAAUCCAGAUCAUAAUCGGCAGUGAUAUCCUGCGUGCGCAAAGUGCCGACAUCCUCUUCUCCCAGGAUAAAGUCAGCAUCUACGACGAAGAGCGCAACCAGUUGACCGUGCCACUGGUCCGACCAGAGGAUGAUGCCUCAUACAAGAAUCUGAGCACAGGCUCUCGUAGGCUUACUACGUCAGCGAGUACUGUGCGUCAGUCAGGCCGAGAGCCAUCCCGCGCUGGAGUUAUCGGACAACCUGCUAAAGUAGAAGCCUUUUCAAGCCCUGGCUCGCCAAAUUCCAACGCGCCUGUUGAGCAUACUGAGUCUAGGAAGACCGAUGCUGCGGAGAUCACUCCACGUACAAGUGCUGAUAUCCCGGCGACCGACUCAAAGUCGACAACCGGUAGCGAACACUCGACAUCAACACCAGUCUCCAAGUCAAACUCCGGGGUAUGGGGUGUGUCCUGGCGCUCAUCGUCGUCGACUGGUCCUCCUGACUCAAAAUCGUCUUCGUAUUCUCGCCCUGCACCUAGUCGUACGAUGAAGGUUCUCCGAACCAACAAAAGCUCCACAAACGUAAGUCGCAGUGGAUCUGCAUCCAAUCCGUUCUUGAACGCACCCGAUACGGUUCGCACUGAGGAGCGCGAGCCGGAACCGGAGCGUAAAGUCAGCAUUGGAGAUGCCAAAGCAGGACCGUCAGCACCAACCCGCACCAAUCCCGUUGGUUCUGGAUCUGCUUUCGGUUGGUUGAGCAAUGGCUCGGGCGCGCAGAGACGUACAACGACCAACGGCAGCUGA